GCGCAGCUGACAGUAAUGAAGAACAAUUUAGUUUAUUCCUCAGUCUGAACGAAACAACAGCACAUCUCUCUCCCGUCACGUCUCUAGGACUUCACAAAGCCCGGUUAAAGUGCGUCAGUCAUGGACGCUAUCCUCCUGUCCACCCCGACGGAAAGCCGCACGUCCACUGUGCGCUCGUCCAGGCGUAGCGGCGCGUCUCCGUCCACCGUCAGCCCGACGCGUCUCACCCGCCUGCAGGAGAAGGAGGACCUGCGCCACCUCAACGACCGCCUGGCCAACUACAUCGAGCGGGUCCGUCAGCUGGAGAAUGAGAAGUCGUCCAUGCAGCUUCUCCUGCAGGAGAAGGAGGAGACGGCGGUCAGGGAGGUGGCCAACGUGCGUCGCGUCUAUGAGACGGAGUUGGCGGACGCGCGGAAAACUCUGGACUCCGUUGCAAACGAGAGGGCCAGACUACAGAUUGAAUUAAGUCAACUGCAAGAGAAACAUAAGAAACUGACAGCGAGGAAUAAUAAGAAAGAGUGUGAACUGAACACAGCUGUUGGACACUGGCGAAAUCUUGAAGCCGCCCUGAACUCUAAAGAAGCCGAUUAUGCUAAUUUACUGUCCACCAACCGCAGGCUGGAGACUGACAUUUCUGACCUCAGUACACAAGUGGCUAAUCUGGAGUCGGCCCUGCAGAACAGCAAUACCCAACUGCACUCUGAGAUGCUUCGUCGAGUGGAUGCUGAAAAUCAAUUUCAAACACUUAAGGAGCAUCUGGACUUCCAGAAACAUCUAAGCGAACAGGAGGCCCGUGAAAUGCGGAGCCGCCAUGAGAGCAGACUGAUGGAGCUGGACAGCGGAAGGCAGAAGGAGUUUGAGGGUAAACUGGCUGAAGCCAUGAAGCAGCUCCGACAGGAACAUGAAAUUCAAAUCCAGCAGUACAAAGAGGAGCUGGAGAAGACCUUCUCCGCCAAGUUGGAGAAUGCAAAACAGACAGCGGUGAAGAACAGCGAUUUCGCGUCCUCGACGAGAGAAGAACUUGCAGGCACCAAACUCCGUCUGGAAUCACAGUCGAUGCAAAUCAACAACCUACAGAAACAGAACUCUGUGUUGGAGGCACGUAUUCAGGAGCUGGAGCAGAUUCUGGACCGUGAGAGACAGUUGAAUCAACACCGACUCUCUCAGAAGGAUCAGGAGAUGUCCGACAUGAGACAGCAGAUGCAGGAGCAGCUGGAGGAGUACCAGAACCUUCUGGACGUGAAGCUCAUGCUGGAUCUGGAGAUAAACGCUUACCGUAAGAUGCUGGAGGGUGAAGAGAAGAGAUUGAAUCUUUCACCCAGUCCAAUCCAGCAGUCCACCAUUUCUCGCACUCACGCGGAACCCGGGAGAAAGAAACGCAAACGUGAAGGCUCAAGUUCAGGUCUUUCGCCCAGCAUCAGGUACUCCCAACAUUCUUUCAGUCGUGGAAGUGUGUCCAUUGAAGAGAUUGACAUGGACGGGAAGUACAUCAAACUCCUGAAUAAAUCUGACAAGGAUCAACCAAUAGGGGGCUGGGUGUUACGAAAGAGUCAUCAAGAGGCCCCUGAUAUUGUCUUCAAGAUUCCCUCACCUUGUGUGCUCACUGCUGGACAAACGCUGACGAUCUGGGCCGCAGGUGCGGGAGUGCAGCAGAGCUCUGCAGGUGAUUUGGUAAUGAGGAGCCAUGAGACGUUGGGCCCGUUUGGUGAAGACAGAGUCUGUCUGCUGAACACGCAGAACGAGGAAAUUGCAGAGCGCUAUCUGGUGUGCAUUCAGGAAAGCGCUGAAGACGACUCUGAGUUUGAUGAGAGUAUCAUGACCCCUGGUGUUCACCCCCGACGACAGCCCAAAAGAAGAAAAAAGAAAUGUUGCUCGCUGUCCUGAUCGGAACUGAUUCAGAAACCUUUGUAGAGGCAUAAUCGGGAUGCUAGCUGUGCGGUCAUGUAAGCGACUCCUCUUCCGAUCACUCCAUCUAACUAACAACUGUCUGCUGUAACUUACGGUCUUCCAUAAAUGUAGUCUAGGGUCUAAACUUGAUUGUUUAAUUUUUUUACAUCUUUCCUUGUUGUUCUUUGCUUAAAUAAAUUAUACAAUUGAAAUAAGUGAAACGUAAUAAAUUUGCAAUAAAUGCAUUUAGCAAAAUCGUGUCUAUAGGUUUCCUUAUUUCACAUCCAUAAAGUGUCAUAUUGAGUUUCUGUAUACUCCUCCUAUUCUUUUGAAGAUGAGAGAAAAUGUAUGUUUAGGUCCGUGCCAGCUC